AUGAUCAGAGAAGAAGAGGAAUCAGACCGGUUCAGAUAAACAGAGAUAUUGACUCAGAUAAAAGAUAGAUGUGGCGAGCUCUGAUAACCUUCCCUUUGGUUGUUCUACUUUUCCCAACCACCCUUUCCCAGGCUUUCAUUCAGGUUCCCUGCCGGCAAACGUUUGAGGACUUCACAAAGAACUUUGACGUUGACUGUACGAGUCCGUGUGAGGUAUUGUGUCACGGACGAUGUCACGAGACUUACUCUGCUGAGACUAUUACAGGUUUCCUGUAUUAUACAGCCUCCACGCCAAUUUGCUAUGCAGCGCUGUUCCAAGGUACCACCGUCAUCAAAAUUGGGGGUUCUUUCGCUAUACGAGCCAGUGGUGAGAUGCCAGGAUUUGUAAGUGGUACGAGUAUGAUGGGGGAGGAGGAGAGGUCACAGUCUUCUACCACACCUCAACCAGGCUGGUUUAUUGAACCUUACGAGAGAGUCAGGUUUAUCCAGGAACCAGAGGACACGACAGUAAGACUGGGCAAGUACCUGACACUGACCUGCCAGGUUAACUCCAGAUCACGGGCUCGUAUCACGUGGUACAACAACGAUAGGGAGGUCUCCUGGUCCACUACUGUCGACUGUGCCGGCGAGGUGUGUAUGAUCCAGCAUGCGGAGAAGAGCCACGCUGGAACCUGGUGGUGUAAAGUAGACACAGAAUACAGUGGCACUCUGGUCAGCAGACACGUGACCGUUACUGUGGCAUAUCUCAACACUACCUUCAUCUACCAGCCUCGUGACUCUGCCAGAGCGUACUCUGGAGACAGUGGUUCUCUGAAAAUGUUACCAGACUCACGCUGGCCCCUAGUCCUGCCCUGCUCUGUGGACAGUCAGCCCCCUGCUCUGAUCACCUGGUAUAAGAACAACAGACCCCUCUUGGAGAGACACGUCUUCCAGGUCCAGGACGGCAGCCUCUAUUUCCUCACUGUGGAUGAUAAGGACAGUGGGAGUUACAAAUGUUCAGCACUCAACACCGUGACAAACGAGACCGUUACUAGCAACACUAAACGCAUACAGAGGGACAUGCAAGCAACACGUCCUGGUCCGGUCCCCUCCUCCAUCAUAUCCUCUAUUGCUGCCAGCUCGGUCUACGCUAGUCCUGGAGAUACGGUGACAUUGAGAUGUGUUGCUAAAGGUAACCCUAUCCCCACCAUAUCAUGGAAUGUCCCUGGCCCUGUUGCCACUUCUGGACGCAACUCCUCCCCCUUCUUCGGCAGGAAAUACAUCAUCACUAAUGUUAGGAAGAGUGAUACUGGAGAGUACAAGUGCAGUGCUCUCAACGACAACGAUUACAUGAUAGGUGCUUCCUUCAUCUUCAAAGUGAUAGUGGUGACUGCUCCAACUUUCUCUAUUGUUCCUAGAGAUCAGACAAUCAGUCAGGGAGACCAAGCUGUAUUGAGUUGUGGUUUACAGAACAGGGGGUCUUUAGACUGGCUAAAAGACGGAACACAGGUCAACCUCAGUCCUUCUGUCCAGAUGAACGGUGACAAUCUUGUUAUUGAGGACGUAUCAGCUGUGAAUGUGGGGAUGUACCAGUGUGUUACUGGGUAUAUGUUCGGAGAUAACAGGUAUGUUCGACAGUCCAGUGCGUACCUGUCCGUGUGGUCUGAACCUAAAAUAACGAUUACAAACAAGGAGGACAUGAUCCACGAGGGUGGACAGUCUAUUAGGAUCAGGUGUACUGCCUCCGGGUACCCUUACCCUUAUGUGACCUGGUUUAAGGAUGGGAUGCCGCUGGUGUUCGAUGAUAGGAUUAGAAUGAUGGAUAUACAAAGUAUCAUGAUAGAUAACCUAGAUGGUUUAGAUUACGGUGAUUACACGUGUGUUGCGCGCAACUCUCUAAACACUGCUAAUCUUACUCGGACCCUCAAUGUUAUUGUUAAAGCUAAGAUCGUGAGUUUAGAAGCGUCUGAUGAGAGGGGAUAUUAUCUGUCCGGAGAUAAGAUACUGAUCACUUGUGUAGCAGCGGGUUCAAAGGACCUUGACAUUACCUGGAGUAAAGACAACGAUCAAGAUCUCGGAACAGGUGUUGUGGUUAAAGAAGAGAAUGAUGUGGAGUUGUAUGAUUACGUGAUCACGAGAUCAGUUCUGGAGAUACCCGUCUCAUAUGUUCACCACGAGGGCACCUACAGAUGUUUGGCAAGGAACUAUCUAGGUCGACACAACAAGGACCUGGCUAUCAGAGUGUACCCUGAGGCUAUACCUCCCCGACUAGAAUCAGGUCCUAUAAACACGGUGAUCAGUUUUGAGAACAACAUGUUGGUUCAGUGCCAGUUUAGUGGUGCACCGCCUCCCUGGGUUACCUGGAGGAAGGACGGGCAGAUAGUUCAGUCGAUACCGAGUAGGAUAGUUCUCUUCCCCUCCGAGGAUGGUCUGACCUCCAACCUGAUGAUAACUGAUGCUGUCAAGUCAGAUAGCGGCAAUUACAGUUGUGAGGGUAGCAACUCUGCUGGCUACACAGUAAAGGGGUUGCUGCCUAUCCAAAUACACUACUCCGAUACCGGGGGAGUAAGGAACGGAACUAACUCCACCAGAGGACUCAUAUUCGCUCUACCUGUACUAUUUCUCUGGUUACUAUUCGUGUAACUUUGAUAUGGAGAUUAUCUGACCAUAUCAGAGACUUUUCCUUCAUGUUACAUGUUACUCGAUGCAAAGACGAAGAAAGUUCAAUAAAAUCUGUAGUAGAUCUCUGGCCAAGACCCAAGUUAUGGGCCAGUUUCAAUCCGUGAGAGGUGUAACAGAAACAGAGUGCUAAGCAGUAAGCAGGAGGAUGUCUGUUGUCAAAUCCGUCAGAAGAUGUUAAGAUUCGAAGUGCGCUCCAGUUUUGUGAGUUAGAUGUCAGUAUACGGAUAUGUUUAUUCUGGACGCCCUGCUAGCUUAUUUCAUCGUUUGACUUUCAAAUAGUGUAUAAUUUCACUAAUUUGACGAGACUGUACUUGAACACAAGGAAAUGUUUUUAAGAAGAUAAUGAACUGCAUCUGCCUGUUCUUCACGUAUUUCCAGCAUUUUUUGUCGCACUGUGCAGUAACCAUAAACAGUUUUAAUUGUAGACCACAGUAAAAUUCCUCACCCUGAUGUUUAUACUACUCAAAUAUGAAAUUAGUGCAUACUUGAUACUGCACACAAAUCAACAAGAGAGUGAUCCUCUCAAUAAAAUUCAUACGGAUCAGUUACAAUCUUAUAUGGUAUGGAUAUAAACUAUAAAGUAAAUCUAUUUGAAUUAUAGUUUGUCAAUCUUUUGAUGAAUUACGAAAUUACACUUUUUGUCACUGUAAAACGAUUAUUCUAUGAUUGGUAAACAAGCUGUAGAACGUUUAAUUUGUCGCAGCAACGUAUAAAUAUUUAUUUUGUACUUUUUAAGAUAUUUAUUUUAUUUGUUGCAGUAUUACUCUCUGUUCAAUGUGGUUUCCCUUUCAAUUCAUUUUUAGUUAGAUUAAUGAUUUUUUUGCUUUAGUUUGAAUUUAAAACAAUUGAUAUCGCAAAGACAUAAGAUAGAAAUUAGUCAUCAAAAUUGCAAAUGAAAUUAGCAAUUAGAUUAGAUCAUAUCACUAAUAAUAAUAGUAAAAAACUGCACUUUUAUUUAAUUGUUGUCACAGAAGUCUAGUCUAUAAAUAUUGUAAUAGUAAUACCAUACUGAGAAAUACCGGUGGUAAAUGGUAUGAAAUACUAAUAAGCAUUAUUAUUA